ACACAAAGCAUUGGGAAAUCAAUUUAGAUAGAUACAAAAUUGAUCCAUACAUUAUGAUAAGUAGAUCUAAAAGAUGAUCAAUUGUUCAUUGUUUCAGUUUUAGUAACGUCAGUCUACUUACUUGUUACAUUUGUUAUUCAUGCUAAAAACAUCGUUUUUCGUAGUUUUCAAUGAAUUUCCUUCCUGAUUUGACAAAAAUGUCGGUCCAUUUUGAAACUGGAAAUAUAAACUGUUGCAACACAGUCCACCAACCACAACAACCUGCGUUCCGAAGCAUGCAAUAUUGCCAAGAUGCGACAACAAGACUUUUGCCAUCAAAGCAUAUUGAACCAAUGAACCGAAAACAAAUUUGUUGCCUUAUUAUUUUGGCAUACAGUUAUUUUUGUAUUGCUGCCAGUGGUUCCCUUCAAGCACCAUUUUUCCCCGGCCAAUGUGACAUCAAAGGAGUAUCUCCAUUAACAUAUGGAUUAAUUUUUGGUGUCUUUGAAUUGAUUGUAACUUCAAUGCCCUCAAUCUUUCGAAAAAUGUUUGCCUACGUUACACCCCAUACCGCACUAAGAUUUGGAUUAUUUCUUACCGGAACAACUACUAUACUUUUUGGAGUUUUGGAUAAGGUUACUUUAGCUAAUCAAUUUGCGGGGUUUGCCUUGUUACUGAGAAUCGGUGAAGGGCUUGGAGUUGCUGCUUUUGUUUCAUCAUGCCAUGCACUUAAGGAAUCUGAAUUUCGUGAACAUCCUGUGCCUGCUUUGACGGCAUUGAGCACCGCUUCUUGUCUUGGAGCCUUAUUAGGUUUACCGAUUGGAGGUGCUCUUUUCAUGGCUGGAGGUUAUUUCAUGCCCUUUGUAGUUUUUGGAAGUUUAACUUUAUUUGCUUUCUUGAUGAGUAUCUUUAUCUUGUCUAAAUCAGAUGAUUACAUGUUGAUUGGUGAUCCAAUUUCACCUGGAUAUUCAGAUAAGUUUGUAGAAGUAUUUGCCAUUGCUGGUUCCGUUGCUCUUACUGGAUUCAAUGAUGUUACUCUGGCUCAUCACUUAAGUCUAUUUGACCUUUCACCCAUUCAGCUUGCGUCAAUAUUCAUGAUAAUUUUGUUUGCAUUCCUUACCUUUCCAACUUUUUGUUGUGCAUUCGGAAGUAAUGGGUUUGGCUCACUAUGGACUCCGAUCGUAGGAACAGUUCUUAUUAUUAUUGGCUUAAUAUCAAUAGGGCCAGCUAGUUUCAUUCCUAUUGAACCUGACCUUUGGUUAAUAAUUUUAUCUUUAAUCGUCAUUGGAUUUGGAUUGCGUGCUAAGAAACUUUCUCCAACUUCUUACGGAUGCAGCAAAUGGCUUAAAGCUUUACCCAUAAUUGCUACCUUUGUAGGGCCUGUCACUGGAGGUUGGCUCAUUAGCACUGUUGGGUAUAGAACUGCCACUGAAGUCGCUCUUGCACUCGAGAUAUUCACGCUUAUACUUUUAAUCAUCCACAAAAUUUGCAACUGUCGAACCCCGGUCGAACCAUCAUUUUAAACUAUUUUAAAAUACCAGUUUUUUAAUUAACCAUGUUUUUGAAAAACCAAUUUUUUAGCAUUUUUCGUUCCAUAAAUAUUAUCAUUAUAAAUUCAUAAUUUUUAAUAAAAAUCAAAAUAAAAACUGAUUGAAAGAUUUUAUUGAAUCAUUUAAAACAAAACCAUGAUCAAGUCAUUCCCAGUGUGUAAAACAAAUCAACAUGCUCCAAUUAACUAAUUAUACAGCUUUAAAAGUUAACAAUUAUUUGCAAUUGAUGAUAGCU